GAGAGCAGUCAAGUGACGAUUCGGAAAGCGGCGCUUUGGACAGAUACUUCAAGUAUUGGGUCCAGCCUCCACAACUCAAUGGAAUUUCGGAUUGUCAGCAGUGGCAUCUGGGCGACAGAAAAGCUUCUACAGCAGCCUCAUCGUCAAAGGGCAAGGGUCACUUGGAAGACGAGGAAGAAAUGGUUAUCACCAGAGGAUUCAAAAAUGGCAAGCCGUGGAUGUCAGUCACGUUCCCAUCGGCGUCAUUGACUGGUAUUCUCAAGGAUGGCACUUCCGAUCAAUCACCAAGCUUUGAACCCUUGCCCCUUCGUCAAUCUCUAGUGAGCCUACCGAGUGACAUGUCCUCGGUAGACGGCUCGCGAUCAGUGCAACUGGCAGACAUACUGAACCCGAAUGUCGACAUUGAAACUCCAAAUACACUCCAAUGUUCAAUGUCAAGUGAUGGUCGACCAAUGCAGCGUACGUUCAGAGAAUUGAACAAUGGAUCCUCCAAGUGGAACAGUAAUUAUGCCAUCGGCUCGCAGAUUGUGCGAGCUCUAGGGCCGGAGUUUACGACGUCACCACUCAGUAAGAUCGAAGCUGUAGGAUUCAGGAACCCAAUCAAGGAGAAGGAGUUGCUGGACAAUAGCACAUCGAGAAGUGUCCCUCUUUGUGCCACCUUCAUUUAUGAGGAUCCCGAGGUCGAAAGCAUAAUCACGACAAAUCUCUCCGAUGCUGAUAUCCCUGAUGACACUCAUCAGCUCCCCACUUACGAAGAGGCCACGGAUGGAAACCAGGAGGACCCCUCCGUCAACACGCAUCCUCAGGUUGAGACUGAAUCGCAAAUGCAAGCCGAACCUGGAUGCGGAUUCACACUGAGGCGUGCGUUCAGAAAGUUUUCAUGCGUCUGAGGAGAGAUGACAUCAGGUGAUCACUAAGUAGGCUCUCUGAACCUGUUUCUUUCAGCUCACGGCGACGUGUGUAUAUUCUUGCAUGCAUGACUUGAUACCGUCAGUUCUGUUACCGCACGUACCACUGACGGUGCUGCGCUCAAAUGGUACAGUCCACCACAGCUGGAAGGCCACCGUUUCGACCUGUACCACUGAAGCGGUCCUUCGCCACUUUUCGGGUGGUUGGCGCCACUGGCCGAUCCAAAAACGACCUAAAGGCAAAUUCUUUCCAUGCGACAC